AUGGACCUACUAGAAUUGCCCUCGGAUAUCCUCAUCACCAUCUUUCUGAGAUUGCCGGCCGAGUCACUCUAUGCCAUUCGAUGCCUCUCUAAGGCCUUGUUAAAGAUAGUUGAUGACCUCUUUUUUGUUACACUGCACAAGCGUUUACUCAUCACCACCAACAAUGUUGCUCAAGUGCCUCAACUCAUGUCUUUUGCUCGGCGGUUUGCUCACGAGAAUUAUCGGGGCCUUUGCUUCUUGUUCAAUCCUAAGGGAGAAGUUCUAAGGCUCCCUAGGAAUGAAGUUACCAAGUAUGUUAAUUUUUCUCAUGUAGACCGUGAUUGGUAUGGUAUGGGAUUUGAUAAUAUGACCAACACCCACAAGAUUGUUCGUGUUUCCAGAGUUUCUAAUGGUAGCGGUAAAGAGAGCUGCCUAAUUAUAUCCCAAGUUCUUGUAUUAGGCACAAGCUCAUGGCGAGAGAUACCCUCAGUUCCUCCUGGUAAUUUAGAUUAUGAUUUAAGCUUUGUCAAGAAUGUAUGCGCGCUUGGAGACAUGCAUUGGUUGAUUACUGGUAAUUUCAUAAGAGAAGGAAGUGAAGGAACAUGCCAUAUAAUUUCUUUCGACUUCAAGAAAGAAGAGUUCUAUUGGACUCCUCAUCCCCUGUUACAAAGCUCGAACAAGCACUUGGACUUCUUCGACUUACACUUGCUUACUCUAAGAGGAUCUAUGGCCCUGGCGUAUACUUCAUCAUCAGUAGGUCGGACGACGGAUAUUGAGAUAUGGGUGUUAAAAGAUUAUGACAGAAAAGAAUGGACGCAAGAUUACACCCUAAAUUGCAAAAUGUUUCAUAAGUUACUUUGGAACUUUGGAUUGAGGGAUAUUACAUGUGGUGAAUGGAAGCAUGGCAUGUUUUUCAAAAGUCAUUCAUAUAUGUUCUUUUUGGACCUCAAUUGCUUUUCCAUAAAUCGCAUGGCAUUCGGGAAUGGGUUCUAUACUAAUAUCUUGAGUUACACUAGCAGCCUGAUUUCCUUAAAAGAUUAUUGCAAUUUGGUUCAAUUUGAAACACCGGAAACUGGAAGUUAUGCCAAUUUGAUUGAAGGAGAAGAACAAGGCUUUAGUUUAUCCGAAAGGCACACACUGCAAGGAUUCGUUUACAUGAAUAGGUAG